AUGUUUUCCCCUCUGAAGAUCGAACAAGAAGGAAUCCCGUCGGAUAUCGAAGAGGUGGCUGAUCGAACAGUGACCAUCUCUUGCCCCGUUUAUGGAAAACCCACUUCAACAGUCAAUUGGCUCAAGAAUGGCCGUCCACUCAGCGAUCAGCAGAAAAUCAAAACUUCAAAUCGGCCAAAGCUCUAUUCCUUGAAAUUGGCUAAAGAUGAAGCUGCC